GAGAUGGGAUAGCCUCCCUUCCUCCUAAACUUUUUAGUGAAUAAAAAAAGUUAAAAUGCAUGACAAUAACACAAUUCAUGAUCAACUUUUUAGUGAUUGGUGUUGGUUUCUUGUACUGCAGAGAAAGAUGAUUCAAACUUCCACCAGCAGGAGAGAGAGGGAGAGAUGGAAGAUGAGGAGGCGGGUGAAAUUAUUACCGUGAACGGUUGAAGAGUCACAAGAGUGUGAAAGAGAUAGAGCUGUUGCAAAAUCUAGUGAGGGAAUUGCAGCAGAGGAAUCUGAGAAUUGAAAGAAAAUUGAUGGAAUUAUGUGUUCUAAAAGAAGAGCAAUCAUACAUGACUCAAUUGCAAAGGAAUCUAGACGAAAAGGCGAUGGAGAUUGACAUGCUCAACGCCUCCAUUGCUUCUUUGCAGGCUGAGAGGAAGGUUCUUAUGGAAGAUGUGAAGCAGUGUGGUUUGGUGAAGAAGCAGCUAGACGCGGCGAAGAAAAUGAUAGCUGAAAUGCAAAGGAGGAUGGAAUAUUCCGGCAAGAAUGACGUGAAGGGGAGGUUGUUGGUGGUGGGAGAACAAGUUUCUAGUUUUCCCAAGGAUGAAAUGUGUAUUAGAGAUGAACUAGUUGAGAUGAAGCUGAAAGGUGUGAAAAAUGUUGAGUUGGAAGUAUUGAAGAUGAAGAGGAGGAACAAAGAGCUUGAGCUAGAAAAGAGGGAAUUGGCAGUCAAAUUGGUUUGUGCACAAACCAGAAUCACUACUUUGUCUAGCAUGAAUGAGAGUGGAACCAUUGCCAAGGCUGAAGAAGAAGUAAGCAAGUUGAAACACACCAAUGAGGGCCUCUCGAGACAAGUCGAAAAACUGCAGAAAAACAGAUUUGACAUGGUGGAACAACUUGUGUACCAGAGGUGGCUCUACGCUUGCUUGCGAUUCGAAACCCUAAUCCACAGCAGCCCAUCACCGGACACUUCAAAACAUGAUCUCAGCCCUUCAUCUCACACUUCAUCUACUAGUUUGAGCGAUGAAAUAACCGAGACAACCACCAUUGGCAGCUCUUCAAGCAGCCAAAGUAAUAAGAUUAAGAAGUCUGGUUUCAUGCAGAGUAUUAAGACGUGGGGAGGAAGAAGAAGAAGAAGAAGAAGGAAGGAGAAGGAGGAGGACAUGGAUUACUCAAGUGCCCUUCCAAGCAAGAGAGACCUUAUUCGGAGGUUUUCGACGUCGAUGGUUCCGGUGAAGGCUUCCAUGUUAAGAAACGGAGGUGAGAGCAGCACAACCAACUCUUCUUCUCCAUCCUCCAAGGCGCCAAGUUUAUCUAGGGUUAGGAGGGUCUCGUUCAGCGAUUCAGUCAAAUCAACGUCUCGUGAUCAUUCAACUCCAAAGUCAGCUGAUCGGACGUCUGGAACAAUGGCGAUGGAUUCAACCAAAAAUUACAACAAUGUUCAUGAAUUGGAGGGAGAAAAGCAUGAACUUGAAGCAUCACCAGAAGUAACAAUUUCUGCAAGUCCCGAAUUCAUGAAAAGUGACAGCAAUAUUGCUGAUCAGGUAAACAACAGUACUGAAAUUUCAGACACAUAUGCUUUGCGUUGUGUGGUUGUUGCUGAGGAGAACAAGGUGGACACCAAUGUUGUAGGUUUUAUUGCUGCAUUAUUUUUCUUCCUCUUUAUAUUAGUUGUGACUCGCAUGUUAUAAUUUAGUCAGCUGGGGAAUCCUAGGGUUAGCUGAGGGUAGGGUAACAUGUGAUGAUUUGGAUAGAACGCGUACUUCACCGUAACGGAUUCGAUAGAUGAGGACUUUGUAGUGAGAUACUGGGUGAGGAUUAAGAUAGAUUCAAACCCUAAUAUUCGAUUUCCGCCCAAUGAAUGAGGAGUACUCCAACGAGGAAAGUAUAUUAACAAGAUUGCCAUUUGCCCCUAUUGUUGUUUCGAUUUUUGGUAGCAGACAGUUACGAAAAUGAUUCAUCACCACCCUAAAAUAUCACUUUCCCUUUUGUUUUGUAAUUGAAUCAAAUUUUUGUCUAAACUUUCAUUUCAUGUCUCAUGUUAGCUUACCUUGGCUAGUUCUUUUGUUUAUGCGACGUUGAUUCUCGAUUUUCCUA